UUCACUUGAAUCUUUGUCCUUUGACCGUUAAACCUCACACCAUAAACCCCUCUUAUCAUCUUCACAUGUUAUCUCUUUCUCUUAAACUCCAACAAUGGCAUCGUUUCCCAACUCCUCAAAAUUCCAUCCUCAAAGGGACCCUCCAACUCUUCCCACUUCAAAUUCCACAAAGCUCAAAACUUUCACUUUUUCCCAUCACAAUUUCCAUACCCGUAAGUUCAAAAGAGCUAAAAAACCAAUCUUGGUCUCAAACUCAAACUCCAUUACCACCACCACAAGAAGCACCAUUAACAACAACAACAACCCAAGCUACGAAAUUUGCCAGCUUUGCCUUGUUGGGAACUUGGAAAAUGCUAUGAGCUACUUAGACCUUCAAGUUCCCAUUGAUGAAGAAGCCUAUGUUGCUUUGUUGCGGUUAUGUGAGUCUAAGCGUGCAAGGAAAGAAGGGUCAAAGGUUUAUGCUCAUGUUUCAAAUUCUUCAUUGAUGAUGACCCUUUUGAGCCUUAAGCUUGGUAAUGCACUAUUGAGUAUGUUUGUGAGGUUUGGGAACUUAGUUGAUGCAUGGCAUGUGUUUGGGAAAAUGGAAGAGAGAAAUGUGUUCUCUUGGAAUGUUCUUGUUGGAGGAUAUGCCAAAGCUGGAUUCUUUGAUGAAGCACUUGAUCUUUACCAUAGGAUGUUGUGGGGUGGCAUGAGGCCUGAUAUUUACACUUUCCCUUGUGUUUUGAGGACUUGCGGCGGCAUCCCGGAUUUGGUGAGGGGAAAAGAGGUUCAUGGACAUGUUAUGAGAUUUGGUUUUGAAUCAGAUGUGGAUGUGGUUAAUGCAUUGAUAACAAUGUAUGUGAAAUGUGGGGAUAUCAAGACUGCCCGGUUGGUGUUUGAUAAAAUGCCUAAUAGGGACAGGAUUUCGUGGAAUGCGAUGAUUGCUGGAUAUUUCGAGAAUGGAGAGUGUUUGGAAGGACUGAGAUUGUUCUGUAUGAUGCUUGCACUUCCUGUUGAUCCGGAUUUGAUGACCAUGACCAGUGUGAUUACUGCGUGCGAGAUUCUUGGUGAUGAGAGGUUGGGGAGGGAGAUCCAUGGCUAUGUCAUGAGGACAGAGUUUUGGAGAGACCCUUCAGUUUAUAACUCGUUAAUUCAGAUGUACUCAUCUGUUGGGCUUAUUAUGGAAGCUGAAAAGGUUUUCUCAAGAACAGAACACAGAGAUGUCGUGACGUGGACUGCAAUGAUAUCAGGGUAUGAGAAUAGUUUUCUUCCCCAUAAAGCACUUGAAACAUAUAAAAUGAUGGAAUCGGAAGGCAUCAUGCCGGACGAAAUCACCAUAGCGAGUGCACUAUGCGCUUGUACUUGUUUAAGUCGUUUAGAUUCAGGAAUAUACCUUCAUGAGGUGGCCAAGAAGACAGGGCUCAUCUCUUACAUUAUAGUUGCAAACACACUCAUUGACAUGUAUGCUAAGUGUAAAUGCAUUGACAAAGCUCUAGAAGUUUUCCACUCUACUCACAACAAGAAUAUUAUAUCUUGGACAUCUAUCAUCCUUGGUCUACGGAUAAACAACCGGUGUUUUGAAGCUUUAUGUUUCUUCAAGGAGAUGAUGCUUAGACUAAAGCCAAACUCUGUUACAUUAAUUUCUGUCCUAUCAACAUGUGCUAGAAUAGGAGCUUUGAUGUGUGGGAAAGAGAUCCAUGCCCAUGCAUUUAGAACUGGAGUUAGCAUUGAUGGUUUUCUGCCGAAUGCGAUUUUGGACAUGUAUGUAAGGUGUGGAAGAAUGGAAUAUGCUUGGAAACAAUUCUUCUCAGGUGAUCAGGAUGUUGCAGCAUGGAACAUUUUCCUUACAGGGUAUGCUGAGCAUGGGAAAGGAUCACUUGCUGUCGAACUGUUCCAUCGAAUGGUAGAGUCAAACAUCAAGCCGGAUGAAAUCACAUUUAUCUCCAUACUAUGUGCUUGCAGCAGAUCUGGUUUGGUGACAGAAGGCUUGGAAAUUUUUGACAGCAUGAAGUAUAAAUAUUAUAUUACCCCUAAUCUGAAACACUAUGCAUGCAUGGUUGAUUUACUGGGCCGUGCAGGUUUGUUGGAGGAUGCUUAUGGAUUCAUACAAAAAAUGCCAAUAAAACCAGAUCCUGCAGUUUGGGGAGCUUUAUUAAAUGCUUGCAGGAUCCAUCAAGAUGUCAAGCUUGGGGAACUCGCUGCUGCGAAUAUCUUCCGAGAUGACACUAGAAGUGUUGGAUAUUACAUUCUUCUAUCUAAUAUGUAUGCUGACAGCGAAAAAUGGGAGAAUGUUGCAAGAGUAAGAAAAAUGAUGAGAGAAAAUGGGCUAGUAGUAGAUCCUGGAUGCAGCUGGGUGGAAGUCAAGGGAAAAGUGCAUGCUUUUCUCAGUGAUGAUAACUACCAUCCCCAAAUGAAGGAAUUAAAUGGAGUUUUGGACCGGUUUUACAAGAAAAUGAAGGAAGCUGGUGUUGAAGGGCCAGAGAGCAAUCAAUUAGACAUAACCAAAGCUUCGAAGGCCGAUAUAUUUUGUGGACACAGUGAGAGACUGGCCAUUGCCUUUGGACUAGUUAAUUCAGCCCCCGGGAUGCCUAUUUGGGUGACAAAGAAUCUGUAUAUGUGCCAAAGUUGUCACAACACUGUCAAAUUCAUCUCCAAGGAAGUUCGCAGAGAGAUUUCGGUAAGGGAUGCUGAUCAGUUUCACCAUUUCAAGGGAGGUAUCUGCUCUUGCAUGGAUGAAGAUUAUAGGAAUUAGCCCUGAUUAGCAGGAAAACUGUAAUAUAUGUAGCACAGUAUUACAAAGUUAGAAUUGCAUGAAAUUUCAAAUUUGUGAGCCUGCACCAAAGUGAUUAAUGUGCCCUAUACAUAGCAAUAGCAACACUAUACCAAAAAAAACUAAAGGGCUGUGUUAUGUUUGUUGCACAUAUAUUAUCUGCAUAAUAUUAUGCCCCAUAUAAAAAACAAAAUUAAAUU